CGCGGUGGCAACGGGCGGUAAACAAGAUGGCGGCGGGGCGAUGACAGACUGUCUCCUAGGACAAAGAAUCCAGUGCAAGGCAGUCUCCUCACCUGCUCAUGAGGGACAACGCUGACAACAUUAUGCAGGGUGAAGUCCUUCAAUCAUCAGGGGAUUCUGGGCCAUCACAGUUUCUCUGUGACAGUUCUGGUGGACUCAAUAUCCCAGGUGCAGCUCACGCUGACAUGGAGCUCAUGCAAAAAAUCAUUCUGUUAGAACAAAAAAUAGAGAAACAAGCCCAAGAAAUCCAACUGAAGGACAGGAGGAUUGCUGAACUUGAAGAGAAGAUGAAGACUCUUCAGAAAGCAGAAGAUGAUCCCAACUCAUCCACAGCAGAGGAACUGGAAUUUAGGUGCUUUCAGCUGCAGACCCAGAUCUGGGAGAUGGAGCAGUUUCUACAUGACUGUGGUCUGAUUUGGGUUGGAGAGAGACACGAACAGCUGGAAGAUUUAGAAUCACUGCAGGAUGAAGAAGAGCUGCCAGCAAGGAGCCACUGGAAACCAGGUAAAGCAGUUGUUUCCAAGCACCUGAUUGAUUUUGAUUUAAUCUUGGAAAAGGUGAAGGAUUUGAACGAGCUGGCUGAAGAAGGUGCUUCUCAAAUCGAGCACACGCCUCAGGGUGCUCGGCUGAGGCAGCCAGAGCCCAUCCCUCUUACACUGUACCAAAAUGGAAUCGUCCUGUUCAACGGACCCUUUCGGCCCUACGAGCACCCAUCCACACAGCAAUGCCUGCAGGACAUUGUGGAUGGCUAUUUCCCUUCAGAGCUGCAGAUGUGCUACCCAGAUGGCAUCCCUUUGCAGGUUACUGACAGGAGGAACGUGAUAUUUCCAGAGAGAGACCUUCCUGGGAGUUUUCCUGGCCAUGGCCAAGUGCUUGGCCGUUCAAAAUCGAGUGAGGUGCAGGAAACCACCAAGAUCGCAGCAGGUCCCAAAGCUUCCCUGGAUCAGAUUAUCCACAAGCUUUCCAAGCCCUCAGAACACGAAGGAGAAGUGGUCGGUGUCCGGUGUUCAGCCAGAGCAGAGCAGCAGGGCUGUGAUGAGGUGUGGAGCAGCAAGGAAAUCCUGGUGGAGUCACCCAGGCUAUCUGCCCCAGAGAGGGUGAAGACAGCUGAAGCCUCUGCCCCCGAUAUCUGCACUCUCCGCAUCAAAUCUGAGAGCGGUGAGCAGACGUACAUCGUGAAGAUGUUGGUCACAGAGACUAUAGGGGACCUGCGCCAACACCUCGCCCACACCAGGGCUGGAGAUUCCGACUCGUAUGAGAUCAUCAGUACCUUUCCCCAGAGGGUGUAUGCGGACAACUCCAGGAGCCUGCAGGAAUGUGACCUGAUCCCCAAUGCUUCCCUGCUGCUGCGGAGAAGAGAACCCUCCCAACAAGAGGGGACAGGGCUGCAAACAGCAUAGCAGCUCCCAGCAAGAGGAAGGAGCUGCCUCACACCACGAGCUGUGUUCCUAGGAAGAAAGGAGAGGGUUGUCUUUCCAGAUUUAGUUUCACUGUGCUGUUAUUAGGGAUGGAAAGAAAAGCUGGGAGGCAGCAGUUUGGCCUCUCUCUUCGGCAAAGGGUGCCCAGCCCCGUCCUGCUGCUUUUCCCCAAGCAAAAGUGCAGGGGGCAUCUCUGUCAGCUCAAACCCGAGGCUGGAUCCUCAGCUCUGCUCAAGGUGGCACAGGCUGAUUCCUGCCCAGGGAAGCCUCCGCCUUUAUGCUGGUACCGGGCAGUUGUUCAGAUGGGCUCAGGGAUUUUCCAUAGCAGAAGAGACAAACAGCCAGGGUCAGUUUGCUUUCCACACACAGCUCCUCCCCAGAGUCCAACUGCAGUUACACCACAAGAGAAGCAGGUGCAGUUAUAUGGUCCCUGGAGAAGCUAAACCAAAGGGCCUUGAGCCACUGCAACACUGGGACUGAGCCAGACUCAUCUCAGCCAGGAGAUCCUGCUCCUGGGUUUCCUGUACGUGAACAACUCCUUCCCUUGGACAGCCCCCAACUCCAGCAGGGCCCAGGCCUCCCUCCCUCCCCGCUGCAGCCUGGAGCUGGAUGCUGCAAUAGGACACCAUGUCAUUGGAGAAGAGUGUAAUGCCUUCCCUGCUUCUCCGCUAAACCCUGAGUAAAGCAUCUUCCUCUCUGCCCCGUGGGCUGGGGCUGAGCCUUGCAGGCCCCUUUUCCCAGCACAUUUGUCCUGUUUCAGCCGUGACAAGCUCCCGCUUGACUUCCAGCUGCCGACACUCCCACUUGUGCGAGGCAGCACCUUCUGGCAGGUUCCCUUUUAGCAGAGGCCCUGCACACGCCACCACCCAGCCCUCAGUAAAGGCUCCCAAUAAACCCAUUUCUUUAAGUUGCACUCCCCACUUCCAUUAGAUUUCAAAGGUACAGUUGCUGUGGAAAGGCACAGGUUGCCCACAGCUCUUCCUGGACCCCUCCGACCAGAGCCGGACCCCACACAACUCUCAUACAGGAAGCGCCACUCCUGAAAACCAGCUGCUUCCACGGGCUGCUCAUGAGCAGCAACUUGAUCCCCACAGCUAUAAGCUUGUUUCCACCUGAGCAGAUAAGGGAGCGUACAGGCGACUCUCCUGCAGGGCAGCCUUUCCCGCUGCCCCUCUAUAUCCCAGUCUGUAACUGGCCAGGUUAUCUUUAAGCCAGGGCUUUGGUUUCCCUCGUGUCCAGAUGGAGCUGCCCCUUCCCAGCUGCCGUUCUUACCACGCAGAAGAGAGCAACGCUCGAGCGAGGUACCUGCCUCUACCGCGCUGCAGGAUAUUCGGACAAGUCCUGUGAGGAUUAGUGGCAGCAAUCUAAGGUGUU